AUGUCUCACAAUGAAAAUGACUCGACCAUUCAACCAUCUAUUAAUGAUAUGAUUUGGACAAAGAAGAAGCCUUCUGAAAUGGAUAAUGAAGCAACUCAUUUAAUGUUGUCCUUAAGAGAGGAAAAAAUACUUACUUUGAUGACAAAAGAACCAGAAAACUUAAAUUGUGGAAUGACAUAG